AUAUAUAUAUAUCUUGCAGUCCAUGUAAUUAAUAAUCAUUUGCAUUGCCUGCAGUGAAUGAGAGGAGAGAAAGGAGAACGAAUGAUGGAGAAUGAAAAGGCAUUAUCAUCAGCUCGGCCACUGAUUGGUUUCCCUCUUGGGUUAGCUCUUCUUUUGUUCAUGUUACUUAGUAUGAGUGGGAUUUUCACUUGUUGCCUUCACUGGGACAAACUUAGAUCCCUGGUUAGAGCAUUCAGAGUCAGAGAUGACAACGCCGGUGAUACCAGUUUGGACCAUUUACCAUCGCAGAAAUCUUCACCUCUUGUGAUAUCAAAGCAAAAACAAGCCCAAAGUCUGCUAGUUUCGAUGCCAGGAGAUGAGAUUCCCAAGUUCGUGGCUCUGGCAUGUCCAUGUAAGCCGCCUACCGAGAAGAAGCUUUCGGCGACGGGGCUCAAUAAGAAUCCUACUGAGUUUGCCUACAGUGUAAAUAUAUAAUAUUAUUUGAUGAUCAAGGGUACAAAGAUUAACGUCCCAUAAAAUCACCUGUAAAUUCUGAAUGUUUGCUUAAAACAAUAUGUUGAACCCAAGUACAAUCUCAUAUCCUACAGCUAGAAAAAAUUAUAUAGCAACAAUAAAAGUUGGUCGGAUUUGCUAGUUUUGCCUUUAGCCUAAAUAAUUUGUACUUUUAAGCCCUCAUGAGAGGCAUAGCCACCUCAACCAAAUUGAGUUUGAACUCACUUCAAAA